AUGCAGUCCUAUGGUUCUCCCAGUGAGCGUGCUGGUGACACCGGGAACAACCCCUUCUACGCCUCGUCCGCUCAGCAGCAGUCGGUCCUGCCCAACCCCGAUGAGCUUCAGAUCACCGCACAGCUGUCGCGCGGCCUUGCGCCCAACAUGAGUGCUGGCCACGGUGGAGCCAUGUCUGAAAGCCAAGACCACAGGACCCAGAGUCAAGCAAGCAUCAACCACCAGUAUGACCACCCGCAAGAUUCCCACGCCCAAGCUUCACAUGUACAAGGCAGACAGAGCUCGGUGGAUGAGGUGGCGGGACAGUAUGGCACUCCAGAUGGCUCAAUGGCACCGAGAAAGAGAUCAAAGGUGUCGAGGGCAUGCGAUGAAUGUCGGCGGAAGAAAAUCAGGUGUGAUGCGACGACUGAAUCGGGCGAGGAUUCGUGCACAAGCUGCAAGCGUGUGGGAACAACUUGCCAGUUCAGUAGAGUACCGAUGAAGCGGGGACCUAGCAAAGGAUACAUCAAAGAACUUGCUGAUCGCCUAGGCCAACUGGAGGGAGCAAUGCAGGCAAGCGAAAUGCCCGUCCCGACUUAUAUGCAUGAUAGUCCUCUGCAACGCCGUGGAUCAGAGGAUUUCUCCCCGCCUCCUAGCCAGGAACAUCAUCCCAAGAAGAGAACAUAUUCCUCCGUCUCCGGCAGCGAGUUCGGGACCCCUUAUCUAGCUCAUAGAUCGGUAUCAGCCUGGCCUACCCAUGAAAGCCCACGUCAUCUACCUGCCCCUGUCUCCGGUUUUGCGGCUACACCUUUACCUCCUGUUACUUCUCAAGCCUUCAGAGAUCCUAUAUAUUCCCCUAACGGUCUUGCCCCUCUUCCUCAAUGGAAGACUACUCCGGAACCUCCUCACCACCAGAGUGCAGCUUUUGAAAAUGCGAUUCAAGAUCGAGCCCCUUCCGAGUCGCCUUUGGAGUGGGAUGACACGACGGUGGACAGCUAUUACAAGAUCAUGCACCCAACCCUUCCCUUGCUUUCACAGUCUAAGGCUAGGUUGAGCAGCAGGUGGUCCAGUUAUCCAGUCACUUUGAGGGAUGCCCUAUACAGCGCUCUCCAUUCUGCUGUCAAUUCUUUCCCGUCGGCUACUCCACUUCCAGAAAACAAAAGCAGUCGGAAAGGGAUGCAGCUAUGGUUCACAGCUCAGUUAGAGGCCCCAGCUUCGCGAUCCUUUGCUACAAAUCUGGCCUACCUACAAAUCCUGCUCCUUCUCGCGAUCGAAGCAGGAAAUCGAGUUCCAGGUGCUGCGGGAGGACAAGCCGCGCCUUCGCAAUCAGUCUGGCUAGGAAAUGCUGUUGGCUUGGCGUAUGAGAUGAAGCUGUAUGAGUAUAAGGCGCCACUCACGGACGACCCGGAUUCAGAUGAGAGACUCGGAAGAAGAAUUUGGUGGAGCUUGGUGAUUAUGGAUAGAUGGCACGCUGCAGGCAUGUCGACUCCCCUCUUGGUUUCCGACAACGCGCUCGUCUUGAUGCCAGAGGAUCAAUCUUUGCUGGGGGAGUCUCUUUUCCACCUCACUCGCCUUUCCAUCAUCCUCGGACACUAUUUGUCCGUCCCUACGACAUCCACAGAGAUCCCAUCUCUUGGUGUUCCCCCUUUCGCUGUUUACGGUACGCUCUUACGCGGCGAGCUAGAAAGAUGGCGCGAAGUUUUGCCUGACUCGUUGUUCAACUCUCCUCUUAUUCAUCUUUGCUUCUGGUAUAUCCGCAUUACCCUUGAACUCAAACAAGCCGACCCAGACCCUUCCAGCCUCUUAACAUCGGCAAUGAAAAUUGUCACGCAGCUCACCCACAAUUCAAACCUCGUCACUCCCUUGACCUGCCACUCUACCAUCCUUGCAACAUUGAUCUUGGUCAAGUUAUCAAAGUACGACGGCGUGAGGUCCGAGGCAGAAAGCGGCUUGAAGAUAUUGAUGGAAAAUCGGAUUGCUCCUUCGGCUUGGGACUCCACAGUUCGGGACAUGAUCUCCAAUAGGAAGCAGGCGGGGGUUCCGGGCAGCGCUGAGAGCAAGCAUGUUUCGACGGCCGCUCAAGGCUUACAACAUCUGGCCGAGCUUGCAACAGCUAAUGAGGAAGGUCGAGACGUUGCCAUGGGAGAGAGCAGAAGUGAAGGAGAAAUAUUCAGUGCAAAAUCCGCCGGCAUGCAUAACAAAGUUCACCCGAACUUCGAGGAGAUCAUGAAGAACGGUUAUCUGAGAGCUUUGAGCGGCGAGUCGGGCCGUUGA